GCUAAGGGAACCAUCGCAGAAGGAUGGUGUGUGAAAAAUGUGAAAAGAAAGCUGGUACUGUUAGCACUCCAGAUACAUGGAAAGAUGGUGCAAGGAAUAUCACAGAAAGUGGUGGAAGAAAGCUGGAUGAAAAUAAAGCUUUGACCUCAAAAAAAGCAAGAUUUGAUCCAUAUGGAAAGAAUAAGUUCUCCACUUGCAGAAUUUGUAAAAGCUCUGUGCACCAACCAGGUUCUAAUUACUGCCAGGGCUGUGCCUACAAAAAGGGCAUCUGUGCAAUAUGUGGAAAAAAGAUUUUGGAUACCAAAAACUACAAGCAAACGUCUGUCUAGAUGUAUUGAUGAAGUUUCUGGCUUUCUAUAUGAUUUUGCUUUCUGCUUUAAAUUUUUGAGGCAUAUCAGAGAUGUGCAAGUUAAAAAAAAAUAACAUGUUUUAAGACAAUUAAGUUUAAACCAGGGAAGUUGAUUGGUAUUCAUUUUUUUUGCUCUCAAGAAGCUCUGAGUAGCAACUGUAUAAUUAGUCUGACUUACAUGCAUCUGAUUAAACUAGAAUAAGUGGCAGAUUUAACAACAACAACAAAAAAUAUUGGCCCAGUUCUGUAUGCAUUUUUUAUUUAACAUUAUUCAUGUAAUUCUUACCAUCCUCUCCCUCUACUUAUAUAUAUUGCAGAAGUGAAAAGGAGAUCAUUGUUAUUUGCUCAGAGCUUGGCAUCCAAACAUAUACUCUUCAGACCCUUAUUCCCUUGUUGGUUGCCUAGUUCUUAGAAUCAGCAGUACCUUAAAUAUUGCAGCUUCACAGGGUAUUUAAGUAUCUGAAACCAUUAUAGCUGAAUGGUUCCUUAGAAAUUAGCCCAGACCCAAUCAAACACAAAAGUUGCAUAUAUGAUUUUUUAAAAUUUGUUCUUGAAGCCAUAGUGCUAAUACCUUUCUUAUGAGAAUAAGAACACAAGAGAU